AUGUUCGGCAUCGGGAUAGCCACGUGCUAUGUAAUACUUCACAUGGAAGCUCCACCAGUCGAGUCCAAGCCGCUGCAGGUCACUCCAGCAAAUGACGCCAGCUCUGGGCCACCAGGCGGCACCACGCGGCGGCGCAUCUGCUGCGCCAGGUCGCCUGGAGCAAGGAAGAAGGUGCUGAACAGGGAGAGGCACAGGGUGGAUUUCCGGAGUAUACACGUCUUGAAGGCCGAAUUUCUGGCGCAACUGCUUAACGAGACUAGGCAGAUAGCCGCAGAUUUGCACACGCCGGCUCAGCGAAGUCUGCACAGGGCAUGA